UGUGCGGCGGUGCGGCGUGCUUCGCCGCAGGGAUCCUCGCUCCGGGAGGGCCUCUUUGAGUCACCGCCGCGUCGUGGAAACCGCCACCCAGCGGAAAUCAGGCAGAGGGUGGGGCGCAUUCGCCGCCGCGCUCGUGCUCCCCGCCCACGCCGCGGUGUCCCUACGCUCAUCCCCAGCCCGCGUCGUCAGGCCGGCGCUGCCAGGUCUGCGCACGCCGCGGCGGCUUCAGCCGGGGCCUGGACCUCCAGCGGAGAAAGAGUUAACUAUCCGCGACGAGGAGGAGCCCAAAGAGGGAGGAAGGAAGGAAACUGCUGUCCUUCUGAAAGUUUUUUCCUUCUCUUCUUUUCCCUGCAGAGGUGAGUGUCGGGAGGCGGCGGCUCUCUCUGGGUCCGUGCUCCGCGCCUCUGCUCCCGGAGCUGCCUCCCGACUACCUGGGGACAGGGACAGCCGUCACGGUCGGACAGCCUCCGCAGACCCCUUCUGGGUGCCCCGAGCCAUGGAUGGCUCAGAGCUGGCCGGGAAGAUCCUUUACACCUGGAUGACUCUGGUGCUUGGCUUCAUACUCCUGCCUUCGGCCUUUGGGGUGUCGCUGGGCAUCUCCCAGAUCUACAUGAAGAUCCUAGUGAAAACUUUAGAGUGGGCCACGAUACGAAUUGAAAAAGGAGUCUCAAAGAAAUCAGUUCUUAAACACUCAGCUUCUGUUGGUAUUAUCCAAAGAGAUGAGUCACCCAUGGAAAAAGGGCUCUCUGGUCUGCGAGGAAGGGACUUUGAGCUGUCUGACGUGUUUUAUUUCUCCAAGAAGGGAUUGGAAGCCAUUGUGGAAGACGAGGUGACCCAGAGGUUCUCCUCAGAGGAGCUAGUGUCAUGGAAUCUCCUCACAAGGACCAAUGUAAAUUUCCAGUACAUCAGUCCGCGGCUCACCGUGGUAUGGGUGCUGGGCGUCCUAGUGCGCUACUGUAUCCUACUACCUCUGAGGGUUACCUUGGCUUUCAUUGGGAUCGGUUUGUUGGUUAUGGGAACCACGUUGGUUGGACAGCUGCCAGAGAGCAGCCUCAAAAACUGGCUGAGUGAACUGGUUCACCUGACUUGCUGCAGAAUCUGUGUUCGUGCCCUCUCUGGUACCAUUCAUUAUCAUAACAAGCAGUACAAACCUCAGAAGGGAGGCAUUUGUGUUGCCAACCACACAUCCCCGAUAGAUGUUUUGAUCUUGACAAUGGAUGGGUGCUAUGCUAUGGUUGGCCAGGUUCAUGGUGGAUUGCUGGGAAUUAUUCAGAGAGCUAUGGUCAAGGCUUGUCCACAUGUCUGGUUUGAACGUUCAGAAAUGAAGGACCGACACCUGGUUACUCAGAGACUAAGAGAACAUAUUGCUGAUAAGAAAAAAUUACCCAUAUUAAUCUUUCCUGAAGGAACUUGCAUCAACAAUACUUCAGUAAUGAUGUUCAAAAAGGGAAGCUUUGAAAUUGGAGGAACCAUACAUCCAGUUGCAAUUAAGUAUAAUCCUCAAUUUGGCGAUGCAUUUUGGAACAGUAGUAAAUACAACAUGGUGAGCUACCUGCUUCGAAUGAUGACCAGCUGGGCUAUUGUCUGUGACGUGUGGUACAUGCCCCCUAUGACCAGAGAGAAAGGAGAAGAUGCAGUCCAGUUUGCUAAUAGGGUUAAGUCUGCUAUUGCUGUACAAGGAGGAUUGACUGAGCUUCCCUGGGAUGGAGGGCUGAAGAGAGCCAAGGUGAAGGACACCUUUAAGGAAGAGCAGCAGAAGAAUUACAGCAAGAUGAUUGUGGGCAACGAAUCUCUCAACUCAGAAGCAAACUGAAUGCCACCCUGGCUUUCCAGAACCAGUCUUUAGAAACCGAAAGUGGCAGGGGUUGUUUUUUGGGUUCUGUUUCACUGUUUUUGUUUUUUUAUUGUUAAUCUUUUCUAAAGGAUGAUUGUCUCUACCUCUUUAUGCCAGAGGCAGAACCCACAAAAAGGUGCCCUUUUUGGCUUUUGUUGUUAUAGCAUCAACCUCGUGAACUGUAAGGUAGUUUACUGAGUUUAAGCAGAUUCUGCCUUUAGUAAGACGAUUGUGUCAUUGUGGAUUGAGUGAACUAUUUGAAUGGGCAGAAAAAGUGCUUCUAAAACACUUCUGGAACGGGUUGUGUCUGGAACUCUUUGAUGGGGUAAUUCUCGAAGAAGUACUCCAGUUUUUGUUCAUAAUUAGCUUUCUCACGCCCUUCCCCCCCCCCCCCCCCUUCAAUCACUUAAACAGGGAUUACAUGUCAGUUCAGGGUUGCCGUCAUGGUUUUGUUUUACCACAAGGUUGGAAAGAAAAAUGAGGACAGUUUUUAAGAGAAAGGACAGCUUUGUGGCCACUUGAUCCGAAAGUCAAAAGGAAACGUAAAUAUUUUUUACUAGCUUGUCAGUAGAGACAUACUAUUUGGUGAGCUUUACCAAAGAAAAGUGAGUCCACGUUACUGUGUGUGCACAUUUUUAUGUAGGCAACUUGUAAAUAAACACGUUAGCCAGCAACUGGUGAUAAAGUUUUCCUUGUUUGUGUGCUAAAGACCCAUACUUAAAGGCCUCUCCCGUCUACUAGGUUGUUUGACAUUGUAACCAACACAUUUUCAAAUAGAAGGAGCCUUUUACAACAACAGCAAAUCACAUUGAGUGUCUUCAGCGCAAGUAGGAAUGAGUGAAGUGUGUGACCCUGUCCCUCCCCGUCCACCUCUUUGUCCUUUAUUUCAGAACUCUCCUAGUUUAUUAAACAGGAAAAUAAGGGGUAAAAUUACCUUUUGGAAACUGAGCCUUAAAUUUUUUAAAGGGGAAAAUGUAUUUUCAGCCUCAGCAGCGUAAGCAAUGUUUGACAGCAAUAUAAUGCCAUCGGGGUGUGCUCUCUCUCCGGGUAACCAUGUACAAAAAUGUGAAACUGUCUUAACGGUGAAUACAAAUAAAUUCUAUAUUUCUAAA